AUAAACAAUUAAUGGGGCCAUUAACAGCAGAACAAUCGGGACAGAAAAAGAUCAGAGAUGUACUUACAUCUGAGGAUGAUGAUUCUGAUUAUAUACUAAAUGGUGCUGAAGAUAAGAGUCCUUCAUCAUUGUUAUUAUUAUCACAGCUCAUGGAAUUUCAAGAAUUCUAUCAACUGCCAGUUGAAAAUUAUCUCCAUUCGUGGAUUAUUGACUUAGAUGAUCAAGAAGCGGAAAUAUUAUUUAGUGUGGAAGAGUGGAAUGAGAUUCGCUAUACAGUAAGAAAACUACUAGAAGUUGAUAGAACUUUCGCAGAGUCCAUAAUACGAUUUGCCAAC